ACGCCCCCGAUGCGUAGGCCGGGCAACAUGGCGGCCUCCAUGCGGGCGUCAACGUCGGAUCCAAGCGCCAAAUUCAAAUUCGCGGCCAUCUUGAGCGGGCGGAAUUCAGUCGCUCGCGGCGCAGUCGGGAGGUGGAGGCACCGGCUGCAUUGUUGUCGGGAUCGAGGGGUGAGGGCGCUAUGGCACCCGGCUGCAAAACUGAGUUACGCAGCGUGACAAAUGGUCAGUCUAACCAACCAAGUAAUGAAGGUGAUGCCAUCAAAGUUUUUGUGCGAAUUCGUCCUCCUGCAGAAAGAUCUGGGUCAGCUGAUGGAGAGCAGAACUUAUGCUUAUCUGUGCUCUCCUCCACGAGUCUCCGGCUGCACUCCAACCCUGAGCCCAAGACCUUCACGUUUGAUCAUGUUGCAGAUGUGGAUACCACUCAGGAGUCUGUAUUCUCAACUGUGGCUAAAAGCAUUGUGGAGUCUUGCAUGAGCGGUUAUAAUGGUACCAUCUUUGCAUAUGGACAGACUGGCUCAGGGAAGACAUUUACUAUGAUGGGACCAUCUGAAUCUGAUAAUUUUUCUCAUAACCUGAGAGGAGUAAUCCCACGAAGUUUUGAAUAUUUGUUUUCCUUAAUUGAUCGUGAAAAAGAAAAGGCUGGAGCUGGAAAGAGUUUCCUUUGUAAGUGUUCCUUUAUUGAAAUCUACAACGAGCAGAUAUAUGACCUACUGGACUCUGCAUCAGCUGGACUGUACUUAAGGGAGCAUAUCAAGAAGGGAGUCUUUGUUGUUGGUGCGGUGGAGCAGGUGGUAACCUCAGCUGCUGAAGCCUAUCAGGUGUUGUCUGGAGGAUGGAGGAACAGACGUGUGGCAUCAACAUCAAUGAACAGAGAAUCAUCUAGGUCUCAUGCCGUCUUUACAAUUACAAUAGAGUCAAUGGAGAAAAGUAAUGAGAUUGUGAAUAUACGGACCUCCUUACUCAACCUGGUGGAUUUAGCAGGAUCUGAAAGGCAAAAAGAUACCCAUGCAGAAGGGAUGAGAUUGAAGGAAGCAGGUAACAUAAAUCGAUCAUUGAGCUGCCUGGGCCAAGUGAUUACUGCACUUGUCGAUGUGGGUAAUGGAAAACAGAGACAUGUUUGCUACAGAGACUCCAAACUUACCUUCUUACUACGGGAUUCCCUUGGAGGUAAUGCCAAAACAGCCAUAAUUGCAAAUGUUCAUCCUGGAUCUAGGUGUUUUGGGGAAACCCUAUCAACACUUAACUUUGCUCAAAGAGCCAAGCUGAUUAAAAACAAGGCAGUAGUAAAUGAAGACACCCAAGGAAAUGUGAGCCAGCUCCAAGCUGAAGUGAAGAGACUCAAAGAACAACUGGCGGAGCUUGCUUCAGGACAGACACCACCAGAAAGCUUCCUGACCAGAGACAAAAAGAAGACUAACUAUAUGGAGUAUUUCCAGGAAGCAAUGUUAUUCUUUAAGAAAUCUGAACAGGAAAAGAAGUCUCUGAUAGAAAAAGUUACCCAAUUAGAAGACCUCACCCUCAAAAAGGAAAAAUUUAUUCAAUCUAAUAAAAUGAUUGUGAAAUUCCGAGAGGAUCAAAUAAUACGCUUGGAAAAGCUCCACAAGGAAUCCCGGGGAGGUUUUCUGCCUGAGGAGCAGGAUCGUUUGCUCUCAGAAUUAAGGGAUGAGAUUCAAACUCUGCGAGAACAAAUAGAGCACCACCCCAGAGUUGCAAAGUAUGCUAUGGAAAAUCAUUCCCUCAGGGAGGAGAAUAGAAGACUGAGAUUAUUAGAGCCUGUGAAAAGAGCUCAAGAAAUGGAUGCCCAGACCAUUGCAAAACUAGAAAAAGCUUUCUCUGAAAUAAGUGGCAUAGAGAAAAGUGACAAAAAUCAGCAAGGAUUUUCUCCUAAAGCUCAGAAAGAGCCAUGUUCGUUUGCAAACACUGAGAAGUUAAAAGCACAACUCCUGCAAAUUCAGACAGAGCUGAAUAAUUCAAAGCAAGAAUAUGAAGAAUUCAAAGAACUUACUAGGAAAAGGCAGCUAGAAUUGGAAUCAGAGCUACAGUCUUUGGAAAAAGCGAACCUUAAUCUUGAAAACCUUUUGGAAGCAACAAAAGCCUGCAAGCGGCAAGAAGUUUCUCAGCUGAAUAAAAUUCAUGCUGAAACACUUAAGAUUAUAACUACACCAACCAAGGCCUACCAACUUCGUUCCCGACCAGUACCAAAAUUAAGCCCUGAAAUGGGAAGCUUUGGCUCUCUAUACACUGAGAAUUCUAGCAUAUUAGAUAAUGAUAUAUUAAAUGAGCCAGUUCCACCUGAGAUGAAUGAACAAGCUUUUGAGGCCGUUUCUGAAGAGCUUAGAACAGUGCAGGAACAAAUGAGUGCUCUUCAAGCCAAAUUGGAUGAAGAAGAGCAUAAAAACCUAAAGCUUCAGCAGCAUGUUGACAAACUGGAACAUCAUUCUACCCAAAUGCAGGAGCUUUUCUCAUCAGAAAGAAUUGAUUGGACCAAACAGCAGGAAGAGCUUCUCUCACAGUUGAAUGUCCUUGAAAAGCAACUUCAAGAGACUCAAACUAAAAAUGACUUUUUGAAAAGUGAGGUACAUGACUUGCGAGUAGUCCUUCAUUCUGCUGACAAGGAGCUUUCUUCAGUGAAAUUGGAAUAUAGUUCAUUCAAAACGAGUCAGGAGAAAGAAUUCAACAAACUUUCCGAAAGACAGAUGCAUGUACAGCUUCAAUUAGAUAAUCUCAGGUUAGAAAACGAAAAGCUGCUUGAGAGCAAAGCCUGCCUACAGGAUUCCUAUGACAACUUACAAGAAAUAAUGAAAUUUGAGAUUGACCAACUUUCAAGAAAUCUCCAAAACUGCAAAAAAGAAAAUGAAACUCUGAAAUCUGAUCUGAAUAAUUUGAUGGAGCUUCUUGAGGCAGAAAAAGAACGCAAUAACAAAUUAUCAUUACAGUUUGAAGAAGAUAAAGAAAACAGUUCUAAAGAAAUUUUAAAAGUUCUUGAGGCUGUACGUCAGGAGAAACAGAAAGAGAUGGCCAAGUGUGAGCAGCAGAUGGCAAAAGUACAGAAACUAGAAGAGAGCUUGCUUGCUACUGAAAAAGUGAUCAAUUCCCUGGAAAAGUCUAGAGAUUCUGAUAAGAAAGUUGUAGCUGACCUCAUGAACCAGAUCCAGGAGCUAAGAACAUCGGUCUGUGAGAAAACAGAAACUAUAGACACCCUGAAACAAGAACUGAAGGACAUAAAUUGCAAAUACAACUCUGCUUUGGUUGACAGAGAAGAGAGCAGAGUGUUGAUCAAGAAGCAGGAAGUGGAUAUUCUGGAUCUGAAAGAAACCCUUAGGCUGAGAAUACUUUCUGAGGACAUAGAGAGGGAUAUGCUCUGUGAGGACCUGGCUCAUGCCACUGAGCAGCUGAACAUGCUCACAGAGGCCUCAAAAAAACACUCGGGGCUGCUGCAGUCUGCCCAGGAAGAACUGACCAAGAAGGAAGCCCUGAUUCAGGAACUUCAGCACAAGCUAAACCAAAAGAAAGAGGAAGUAGAACAGAAGAAGAAUGAAUAUAACUUCAAAAUGAGGCAACUAGAACAUGUGAUGGAUUCUGCUGCUGAGGAUCCCCAGAGCCCUAAGACACCACCUCACUUUCAAACACAUUUGGCAAAACUCCUGGAAACACAAGAACAAGAGAUAGAAGAUGGAAGAGCCUCUAAGACUUCUUUGGAACACCUUGUAACAAAGCUAAAUGAAGACAGAGAAGUCAAAAAUGCUGAAAUCCUCAGAAUGAAGGAGCAGUUGUGUGAAAUGGAAAACCUACGCCUGGAAAGUCAGCAGUUAAUAGAGAAAAACUGGCUCCUGCAAGGUCAGCUGGAUGAUAUUAAAAGACAAAAGGAAAACAGUGAUCAGAAUCAUCCAGACAAUCAACAGCUGAAGAAUGAACAAGAAGAAAGUAUCAAAGAAAGACUUGCAAAAAGUAAAAUAGUUGAAGAAAUGCUGAAAAUGAAAGCAGACCUAGAAGAAGUCCACAGUGCCCUUUACAACAAAGAGAUGGAAUGCCUUAGAAUGACUGACGAAGUCGAACGAACCAGAACUUUGGAGUCUAAAGCAUUCCAGGAAAAAGAACAACUGAGAUCAAAGCUGGAAGAAAUGUAUGAAGAAAGGGAGAGAACAUCCCAGGAGAUGGAAAUGUUAAGGAAGCAGGUGGAGUGUCUUGCUGAGGAAAAUGGAAAGUUGGUAGGUCACCAAAAUUUGCAUCAGAAGAUUCAGUACGUAGUGCGACUAAAGAAGGAAAAUGUCAGGCUUGCUGAGGAGACAGAAAAGUUGCGUGCUGAAAAUGUAUUUUUAAAAGAAAAGAAAAGAAGUGAAUCAUGAGGAUUCCGGUCAACUACCUAGGCAUCACCUUGUUUGAAGAUGUUUCUUCUCUUUUACAAGUAAGACCUACUCUUGGCCACUUAGGAGAGCUGAAUUUAUGGACCUUAAUUAUUAAAUGUUUAUAAGGUGGUGGAGGCUGAACCUCAAGUUUCUGAUGAACAUUCUGCAUCCAUAUACACCCUGUGACAGUCAGCAGUCUGCUGUUAAGUGGCCUACUUUGAGGCUUUGAAUCAACUUUAAGGGAAAACCUUUUGUCUUUGUAAAAAUAAAAGCCUGUAGCUAAGGUUUACAGUGGACGUUAGCCAGAUCAUUUUCUUCUUAGAUUAUGCCAUAAUCUCCUUUGAUUCUUAUGGAAGUUCUAACAAUAUAUGGUGGUUCCAACACCUGCAGUGAGUUUAAUGACUGACUUAGUAGCAGGUACAAGAAGCAAACUUGUUAAUAUAGAUUAUUUUUGUAUUCUUACUUUAGGUAUUUUCUUGAGCAUUUUCCAUGACUGUAAAUAAAGCCAUUUUUUAAGAUAAUAAUUAAAGUGACUUACAUUGUUCAUUCUGUUGUUCAUUGAACACAUACUUAAUGAACACCUACAAUAUGCCAGGCACUAAUCAUCAGUGAACAAAGCAAAUAAAAUUUUGCCCUCAAGG